UGUUGUUUGCGUACGCGGCAGUGGUACGCGACUGAGUUGGGUGUGAAGAUGGCGGACGACGAGGCCGAACAAGGCAGCGCACAUACACAUAGCAGUGCAACGAUUACGGCACUUCGAGAGAAAUUACAAGAAUUAGCAAUCGCUCUGAAGAACAGUGCGGAAUCUCCGACUCAGUCGUCUUCUCAGUAUUGCCAAGACUUUUGCCAGACUCUGGUGGAGUAUGCUGGUCGAUGGAGGAUGGAGGAGGACCCACUGCCCUUGGUGGAGGUGUACACAGUGGCUCUGCUGAGCUAUGCCCAGGCUUCUCCCUGCCUCUCCUCCCAAUGUGAAAACGUUCCCCUCGUACUUGAAAGGCUCUCACUGAGCUGUGUGGAGCUGCUGCUCUCCCUGCCAGAACACUUCCCAGGUGCCUUGUGGGAAGAGUUCCAAUCAUCUGUUCAGUCAGCCCAAUCCCAGCUGCAGGAGAAUGGCAUCACACAGCUGUCCCUCCUGUCUACCGUGGCCCAGGAGACUGGUGUGUGGACCAACGCUACCCUGCAUAGUCUUCUCUCUAACGAGUCGCCACAAACAGAGAAAGUUCAUAAGUUCCUUGAACUGGAGGGACCCAUUCUGUUGGAGCUAAGAGUAAAGCACCUUAUCAAGGAGAACUACAUGGAGAGGGCUGUACUGCUGGCAAAGGCAUGUGCAGAGUAUCCUGAGUUUGAAGGAAAAGGGCACUUUAAGCAGAUGUACCUUGUCUGCUUGUGUGCCGUCUCAGCACAGGAACCACUAAUGGAGGAGCUCUCCAACGUAGAUUGCCGCGAUGCACUAGAAAUGAUCUGUAACCUGGAGUCAGAAGGGGAUGAGAGGGGAGCCUUCAGCCUAUGCUCGGCCUUUCUGACACGACAGCUUCUCCAAGGAGACACUUACUGUGCCUGGGAGCUGACACUGUUUUGGAGCAAACUGCUGAAGCGGUUAGAGUCGCCUGAAGAGACUUUCCUGGACAGAUGUCGCCAGAUGUCUUUGCUGUCCAAAACAGUCUUCCACAUCCUCUUCCUCAUCAAAGUCAUUCAAUCAGAAGUGGACAAGGUUGGACUGCCAGUGUGCGUUGACAUGUGCAUACGGGCUCUACAGUUGGAAUCAAGUGACGUAAACACCAAGGCUACCAUUUGCAAAACCAUCUCCUGUUUGCUGCCCACUGAUCUGGAGGUAAAGCGGGCCUGCCAGCUGACAGAGUUCCUCCUGGAACCCACAGUGGACUCCUACUACGCCGUGGAGACUCUCUACAACGAACCAGACCAGAAGCUGGAGGAAGAGAAUCUUCCCGUGCCCAACUCGCUCCGCUGUGAGCUUCUGCUGGUGUUCAAGACCCAGUGGGCUUUUGACCCUGAGUUCUGGGACUGGAAGACACUGAAGCGUCACUGCCUGACCCUUAUGGGCAAGGAGGCCUCCAUUGUGUCCUCCAUUGACCUGCUGAAUGACAAUGAGAGCCCAGAGGCCACCGAGGAGGAGGACACAGCUCAGGGUGAGGAAGGAUUCAGAGACGUCACAGACUGCUUUAUUGACACCACACAUGAACUGAAUGAAAUAGCCGAUAAAAGACAGAAAAACCGGGAGACAAAGAAACUGAGAGAGAAAGGGUUCAUCUCGGCCAGGUUUAGAAACUGGCAGGCAUAUAUGCAGUACUGUGUUCUGUGUGACAAGGAGUUUCUGGGUCACAGGAUUGUACGUCAUGCUCAGACUCACUACAAAAAUGGACUUUAUAGCUGCCCGAUAUGCGCAGAGACCUUCACCUCAAAAGACACAUUGGAACCACACGUGGCAUCACACGUAAAGCUAUCAUGCAAGGAAAGACUAGCUGCAAUUAAAACAAAUAAAAAAUUGGCGAAUCCCAAAACGGCUGCUCCUGUUAUAGCGGCUCUAAAAGCUAAGACUGAAAAUCAACUUUGGACAACAGAUGCAAAUGGCGAAUCUCAAGAACAAAAUGGGCAGUCGCUUCAGACAGAAAUGGUUCAGACCAAAGUCUCUGGACUUAAGACCGAAAGCAGCACUGAGGAAAACACAUGCCCUAUUGCAAACUGCAAAAAGGGAUUCAAGUAUUUCCGAAAUCUUGUUGUCCAUGUGAAAGCACAUGGAGAAAACGAUGAAGCCAAGCGCUUCCUUGAAAUGCAGAGCAAAAAGGUGAUUUGUCAAUAUUGUCGUCGCCAGUUUGUUAAUGUCACCCACCUUAACGAUCAUUUGCAAGUGCACUGUGGCGUCAGACCUUACAUUUGCAUACAGUUGAACUGCAAGGCCUGCUUCCUAUCCAACACAGAGCUGCUUGUACACAGGGAAGAACAUGUCGUAUUUAAAGCCAGAUGCAUGUUUCCUAGAUGUGGGAAGAUUUUCAAUGAAGCCUAUAAGCUUUAUGACCAUGAGUCACAGCAUUACAAAACGUUCACCUGCAAAGUCCCUAACUGUGGGAAAGUGUUCCAUUCUCAGUCACAGUUGGAUCUUCACCAGGAGGAACAUGUCACAAAAGAGGAGGACCCAGCUACAGACUCCGACCUUUCUCAUUCUCUGGACCAGAGGAUGCUUUCUGAUCAGGCUUCCUUCUCAGAGGAUGUUGAUGAGGCUUCUCAUCCACCAGCAUCUGUCGCGGUGAAGCACUCUAUUGACCACCUGCUGAACGCUUCUCAAGGUCCUGUUCAGAAUGAUCGACGAUACGUGAACAACAGUGAGCCACAAGAAAAAGAACUUUACCCAUGUUCAGAAAGCUCUGUGAUUCGGUUGACCAGAAAUGCACAAAUGCACGACCCAAAUCAACUGCAACGUAGACCCCAAGACCCCUCAGUGACUGCUGCAUAUGACUAUAUGAGACCCAAAUCACAGCCACAUAAUCCAUUAGCUUCAUACCAAGAUACUGGGGAUUUGCACCAUGCCUUACAGCCAAAUGUGUUACAAGGUCAGGACCAGGGUUUGCUGGAAGGGAGAAGUUAUGGAUCCAGGAACUACAAUUCGGACUACAGAGUACCAGUGCAAGUACAACAACAGCAUCCACACAUGUCUGUUACCAUGUCAGCAGUAAGCCAGACCCCCAAUUACCUGUCAACUCCAAUGCCUCAAACUGUCCCAUAUGCAUCUCAUACACUUCUUCCACUAGUCACUCAUUUGCCAGCCACUGGUUGCAGAACAGAGAAUUCAAUAACACAGUGCCCGUUACCAAGCACUCCUGCCCCACAGCAGAGCCCAUUACCAAGCACUCCUGCCCCACAGCAACACCCAUUACCAACGGCUCUUGCCCCACCCCAAGGACAGAAAGAAAGACACCACUGUGCUUUGGAUACAUGCGAUCGCAACUACAGCUCCUACAAAAGUGUUACCAAGCACAUGAAAGCAGUUCACCCAGAGUUUUAUACUGAAUGGAAACUUGCUAAAAAAAAAAUCAGGGAACAAGAAAAAGUUGAAAAGGCCAGGAAAGCUAUCCCAUCGAAAACGUCACCCAAAGUCAAGCAGCAGAGAGGACCAAAGCCUAAAGUUGAAAUUCCCAAGAAGACAAAAGAGAAGAAGUCUGAGGCAAAUAAUGCUUUCAGUCCAUACAGGCCAUAUCGCUGUGUUCAUCAAGGAUGUGCAGCGGCCUUCACCAUUCAGCAUAAUUUAAUCCUCCAUUACAGGGCUGUCCAUCAGUCUGCUCUGUCCACAUGUGAAAUGAAAAAUGAUCAAAAUGAUGAACCGGCUGAGAAAAAAGACAUCAGGCAGGAGAGAGUUAUGGAUGAGGAACCAGAGGGGGAAGUCACCCAGGUAACGGAAUUCCGAUGUCAAGUGAGCGACUGCUCGAGAGUAUUCCAAGAUGUCCCCAACCUGUUACAGCAUUACCUCCAGCUUCACAAGUUCAGCCUGGAUAAAGCAGGAUCUCUAAUGUCCAACAUCAACCUAGGCAGAUUCAGUUGUGAUCAGCAAGGGUGCACAACAUCCUUCACUGCUUUCUGGAAGUAUAUAGGACAUAUUGAAAAAGAACACGACAAGGCAAAACUAUCCAAAAUGGAAUCUGUGGAUGGGAUGUUCCAGUGUGAUGUUGAUGGCUGUGCCCACGCUUAUGCUACAAAGUCAAACCUUCUGAGGCACACCAUGAAAAAGCAUCAUGACCUUUACAAACUCCAACUGAUGAACCAACGGAAAAGUGAAGAUCUUGGGAAACCCAGCACCAAGAAUUCCCAUUACCAACUGACUAAAUCAAGCGAUGGGAAAGAAAACAUAGAGAGCAACAAAAAGAUUACAGAGAAGGGAGGUGACAAAAAGAAAACUGACAAGACGGAAAAAAAUCAUUGGACUAAAUAUGGAAAACCUUCCUUGAAAACUAAGGAUGAAGCAUCUGCGAUGUGCAUAAAGAAGUCCACCUUGCAAUACCCUUGCAUGAUAAAGGGCUGUGAUUCAGUGAUGAAGUCUGAACGGAGCAUCAUGAAGCACUACAUGGGGCACGGACUGUCCGAGCGAUACUUAGAAGAGCAGAGAAGCCACUUCAUAUUCUGCAAGAAAUACCCCCGACGUAGGAACCCUCGGUCUGGCAGGAGCGAUGACUCCAAGUCCGAGACGACAUCCGAGAUAUCCGACAGUGAGGACACAGCAGACACGGGCCAAGAAGGAAGUGAGUAUGAUGAGUAUUCAAAACCCGCCUUACGGAGAAGGGGGCAGGGCGGACUGUCUGACACCAAACCCUCGUAUGAUGAAACUUCAGAAACCGUAUCUGAUAGCUCUGUGGUGGUGAAACGCAAGAGAGGGCGACCACGGAAAAUUAAUUUAGAAAAAAUUGUCAAACGCAAGAGAGUGUCCAGACUGACUAGGAGUAAUGCAGUUUGCUGUGGAGAAAAUGGAUCUGACUACGACUCCUCUAGCACUGUCCUUACCCAGGAUGAAAUGAACGAUCAAAGUGAAACAUUGACCUCCUUUAAGCCCAUGGGGUUCGAGAUGUCUUUCUUAAAGUUCUUAGAGCAGUCAAACCCACCUAAAAAUUCUGUAAAGAAGAGGAUUCAACUAGGAAACGCUACAGUGUUGUGCAAAAGGUCAGAUGCAUAUUUGCAUUACCCAAAAGGCUUUGAUACCCUUGAGUUCAGGAACCCUCAGAAGCUGACAUCUCUUAACAAUGUGAAAAUUGUAGUAGACAAAGCCUUUUCAGACGUUGGUGAUAAUCUGCUAAAGCAGCUCCAGGAAAUGCGACCCACAGUGAUAUUAGAAAAAUAG